AUGGCAGCAAUUGACGGAUCCCGUGACACGAAGCACAGCCACAUCUUCGUGGCAAGCGUUACGUAUUUCUCCUCUCAUAUGAACACCACAUUCAACUACCUCGCUCUUCUCCUACCUCUUCCGGAAAACAACCACAAGUUCACACUUUUUUCAAUCGAAACCGCAAACAAAAUGGACGAGGAUACUGUUUUCGGCAUCUUCGUGUGCGGAUUCUUCCUGUUCUUUGUCACGUCACCUCUCUGGAUUACAGCAUGCAUUGCCGCUGCUGCCACCCGGCAUUGGUCGAAGGAAAAGACUCGUCGUGCAAAGGGCGGCAUCGCAAGUUCCGAAGCCAAUCCACUAGUCGAAGAAUCUGACUCUGACCAAGAGGAGGACUUCCUUGAUUCGGAGGAUGAGGAGUACUACACAGCCAAGCGAGACCAAAAAGCAAAGGAGAGGGAAGAGAAGGAAAGCGACUGGAAUUUGAGCCCUCGUGCCAAGUUCUUCAAAGAGUGGAAGAAGUGCUGGAAGACUGGCAACAAGGAUCAGCUCACCAAGGAGCGUGAGCUGCGGGAGCAAGAUGAGAGACGAAAGAUAGCCCGAGAAGCAGUGCGGGAAUACCUAAGGAUUGAGAGACGCAGGGCCCGCAAGGCAAGUUCUAAGAACGAGUCUUCGGAAUUGCCAACCUACAGCAAUGCAACCAAGGCAUAG